UCCCUCCUUUUUUGUCUCUCUCCACCCCUCUCUCUGAUAUUUCCCCCCCUGACCACCACACGGACUUCACAAGGCUUCCAGAAACCCUGACCACCAGUCACGACCAGACCCAGAUAGAGCGCGCUUCUAGUGGGACUCCUGUGAGCCAAAUCCUGACGUUCCACACUUCUGUUCCUGGAACCCUCCCCCCAGGUCGGCCUAACUCCGACGCCUCUCCGCACAACAGCCAGCUCUACCCGCGGAGCAACUGGUCACAUCCUGUCCUCCACUAGUCCCAUCCUGUCCAAUCAUCUCACUCUGUCGCGCCUCGAGUCACUUCCUCUCCACCAAAACACUAGUUGGCACACUCCCAUUUAGCCCUCUUCUUUCUUUCUGUUCUCUUCACAUCUCUCCAUCUUUCCUUCUCUCUCACUCUCUCUCUCUCUCCCUCUGUUCCUCUCUCUACUAAUCUCAAAUCACAACAGCCCCCUCCCCAUCACAGACAAAACUUUGCCUGCCUGCCUUCACCUCACCACAACCCCGCCCCCUUCACUUCACUGGCCAGCCGUCCAUCUCCACCAAUCAGGCAUGGAGAAAGUGAGUCACAUGACGCGCAACGCCAUGCGCCGGGCGUCCACCAUGGAGAUACCCCCGCACGCCAAGCGCAACAUGCAGGAGCUCUUCGUCAACUUCUGCCUCAUCCUCAUCUGCCUUCUCCUCAUCUACAUUAUCGUCCUAUUGAUCAGCAGCCUAUGAACUGCAAGAGAGAGGAUGGUAUUGACCGCCGUUCCGUGAAUCGACCAAUCACCAACUCUUCCUGCCAGUAGUCUUGACGGUGGAGGCCUGCUUGGAGCUACCUGUCCACCACCACUCUUCCACAACACUCCUCCCCGCCGCCGCUGCUGCUGCUACACGAAACCUCGUCUAACCUCGUCUCGCCCGAGAUCUCGUCAGCCUGCCAUCUUUUCCCCCUGCAAUCUUCCUUCCUCCCUCCCUCGGAGCCAUGGAUCUGGUGAACAACCGCGGGCUGAACCUCAUGCUCAACUUCCUGCUCAUCGUGGUGGUGCUUCUUCUCAUGCUAAUCUUGGUCAAGCUCAUGUGACGUGUGCCAGCCAAUCAGAUCAUGACAAUGUGUGGGGGGGCGGGUAGCGAGAUGAGUGGGGAGGAGAGGGAUUGGUAGAGGGUGCGACCCCAUUCAAGAUCAUCUCUCUUACUUUUCCCUCAAUCAUUCGACCGCUAACAAUUCGUGAUAUCGGGUCAUUCCAUCCUAACACAUGUCAAAAUUGGGUAUUUUAAAAAAAAAAACACAUUUCUCCAGAUCAGAUCAAAAACACAAAUCUUGCCAUAAGUGUCAUACGAUUCAUAGUAUAUUACCAUUUCCAUGUUAUGCAUUGGUUAAAACGAUUUCCAAAUACAUCUUUGAAUACAAGCCAUUCUGUUAAAAUCCAGUCACACCUCAGUUCUAAAGUGGAAGAGCCAGCAAUCUUAUCCUACAGACGUAGUGCCCUCUACUGGCAGAUUGUAAGGACAGCACAAGCAAACGGCCAGAAUCCUCCCCUGUAUCAGUCUGUGUAGUGGUGGCAGGAUUAUAGGCUGACAAGAUCACUGUAUGGGAAAGGCCGGAGGACGAGAUGCAAGCUACACCAAAGGUUACACUGGGAGGGCCGUGAAAGAUGGAAUAGGAAACCUCUCAAACUAUCAACUCAUGGAAUGUGCUAGGCUGACAAUGAGCUUUUUAGGCAUGCAUCUUGUGAGUGCGAGUGGGUGCUUUGAGUUUAUGGGAGAUUUGUAUAGUGUCUAUGUAGGGAGAAAGAAACGGAAUGAAACUGAACUGAGGGUGAUGCGACACUGUGAAACUCAUGCUGUGGUUUUGCUGUCCAAGUGGCUUGCCAAAAUCCAUCCCAGGAUCCCGAACCCCAAAUCCCAAAUCUGUGUCUGGAGGGUUGGUGUGAGUGUGUGUUUCUCACGCCGCAUCCACAUGCUGUUGAAAUUAUGAUAAAUAAUCCAUCCUGGAGACUGCACAUGAAGGACAUCCCUUCAAGUCUUUUUAAUUAUCAGUGGGAAAUUUGGAGAAAAAAAAAUAUAUAUUUCAUAGUUCUCAAGUUAGGCUGACCACUGAGGAUAUGCGGUCACUUCAUAGUCCAUUACGGAGCUCCGUCACGAGGUGAUUUUUUAUAUGCGAGAAUAAAAUGGGGCUUUAACUGCACCUCACUUAACGGUUGCGCUUUAUUGAAUAAUUUUCCAUUUCGGAAUCAAAAUAUGACUUCCUCAAGAAGCAGGUGAGAGGGAACCUUGCAUCUGCCAUUUCUCUUUGUGCUCCAAAAACAAAGCCGUUGAACAUACCCGAAAUUCCGACUUCACAAAUGGGAAGUAGGAUCUUUUGACUAGCACAUGAAGGCAGCCAUAGUUUGUAAACUCCAAAGCAGCAGAAUGAGGAUUUCCAAUCUGGAUCAGAACACACACGGACACUCCAAACUCCUGGAUCACGGACCCUUCCCCAUCUAAAGUCUAUUAUCGCACAGAGUGUGAGGUUUUGCUUUUUUGGUGAAUAGAAAAGUCACAUAAUACUGGCUAGUAUCUAGUUUUGUCUAAGUAUAUCAGCACUUUAUGUUUUUUUUCUUCUUUUUUUUUUUUUUUUUUUAAAGACACAGUUAUAUGGUUAUCUAUAUAUAAUUUAAGAAUUUCCGGACGGGAAAAUAUGUGAAUAUGUAUUUAUGACACCUGUUUGUAAAACACUGUUGAUUACGACACUAUAAUGCACAUGUUUGAAUACCUUGUGGCAUAAAUAAAGAAACGACAAAGAAAUUCUAAAUAAAUUCAACCCAGUAACGCUCA